AUGGUCAAUGCUACGGGCGAAAACGGAUGUUGCGAUGCAACAUCUGAAUUGUCAACAUUAACUCCUGAAGAAGGAGCUAAGAAUGUCUCUUCAUCAAAGCUGGGUAUAUGUGGUCUAGAGAUCCCUAAUGAGGACGAAGGAGGCGGAGCUGAUGUUCCUUCUCCAGUUGGCUCAGAAUGUUGGCGAAAUCCGAAUUCAUCAGAUGCUCUGAUGAGGAUGGAGGCAAUGUUCAGUGCGGGUGCAACGCCUGUUGACGUGAUCAAAGCCCUGUAUCCAAGGAUCAAGGAGCCUCCAGAGGGCUGGUCAGAACACUUGAUUAUGUCAAUCCUCACGGAAAUUCUGGAUCGUCCACCAACUAGGAGUAAACUUCCGCAGUAUAAUACAUUUGAAGAUGCUGUGGAGCUUUUCAGAACUCGCAAGCGGAUCCUCGUUUUGACCGGUGCAGGAGUAUUCUAUGCUCGUCUUCACGUCGACUUCCCUGAUCUUCCCGAUCCUACAGCGAUGUUCGAUAUCCGUUAUUUUAUUCACAAUCCGGCUCCAUUCUAUGACUUUGCUUCGGAGAUUUUCCCUGGCCAAUUUGAACCGUCAAUAUCUCACAAGUUCAUUCGCCAACUUGAAGUGAACAAUCAGCUUUUGAGAAAUUACACUCAAAACAUCGACACACUUGAGAAGCAGGCAAAAAUUGAGAAGGUUGUUGAUUUGAAUGGUGACGUUAUCAAAGAUGACGUCAUGGCAAAGCGAGUUGCCCGGUGUCCUAAGUGUUUGGAUGGGGUGAUCAAGCCAGACAUAGUGUUUUUUGGCGAGGAGCUUGAUAAGACGUUCCACACUCAGAUGGCAGUUGACAAGGAUGAGCUCGAUUUGCUUGUUGUCAUAGGGUCUUCGUUAAAGGUACGACCGGUAUCACUUAUUCCGUUUAGUGUAGAUCAGAAUAUACCCCAGAUUUUGAUCAAUCGCGAGCCAUUAUCGGGUUACCAGGCUGAUAUAGAGCUCCUCGGGAAUUGCGAUGAAAUUAUUGAGGACAUAUGCAUAGCUCUUGGCGGCCAAUUUGUCGGCAUGCUGGAAGCUCACCAAAAUAAAAUGAAGGUCCAUACGGACAUGGAAGCGAAUGGACAUUCAUGUCAAGCAGAGCCCCAAUCGACCAAAUCUGGUGCAUUGUCGAAGCAAGCUAGGAAAAGACGGCGUGUUGCAGAAAAGCAAGAAUUUCUUGAGAUAAUGAAGCAGCUAGAGAUAUCUGAAAAUUCCGAAAAGGAUGAGGAUAUGGACUGUUCUGAGGUUAAGCGACCGAGGUUGGAGGACAUGUAUCAGCGACGGUAUAUACCUGUGGCCAAACAUCUUCCAGAACACACAUAUUUUCAGCGAUCUUUCCCAGGCGCCGAGCUGUAUUAUGAUCUUGAAACAGGUGCUGUGUGUCAGCCGACUAGUUACCGCCCUGAUGGAGCAGCUCGUUUUGGUGUCACUAGUGAUGAAGAUGACGACGAGGACGAGGAUUGCGAAAGCUGCACCGGUCCGGCUAGUCGUGCAUGCAGUAUGCCUGAUAGUUCUGAGUGCGUGGACACAGUUGAUAUUGGACCACGUGCGAGUUCAUGCGAACCAUCGGUGAAUCUGGACGCACGAAUAUCAGCUGCAGAAUUUCAUUCGUUGUUGAGCAAACGAGGAUUUGAAGACGACUCUGAUGGCAGCGACCCGUAG